UGCGCUGAUCUUUUCAGACCAAGACUAGCCCACGUUUUCUCGACUAUAUCUCGACCUAUUCCCCAUGGUGCUAUAUUUUCAUGGACAAUGACAACGCAUAUGAAUCUGCCGCAGGACACUCCAAGUUCAUCAACAUGGAUCGCAGUGGACAGAGCAGAAAACCACGUAGGUCAUCCUUCUCGCAGCACCUACAGCGGGUCUUCCAUUGGGAUAAGCAUGUUACUCAAGAAAAAAGUAGCCGAAUCUCAGACCCAUUAGAAACCGCUUUUACGAGAAGCCAUCGGCAAGAGCAACGGGCAUUACCGCACACAGACGAGUUCAUAAGAGACAAUAUAAGCAAGUCGACAUCCUCUAUUGGCACAAACGAGGAUGCCGUUUCACAGACACCUCAAAAUUCAAGGCUUUCAGUCCUUAACAGGGACGGGCUCAAGAAGUUACCAGCAUACUCUGUUAGUCAAGGAGCAUCACAAAUAUCCGAUCAUUCUUUCGUGGGAAAUGCUUUCUACAAGCAAGAAUUAUCUGGUUCGCCUUCUCGGAUCAAUAAAGCGGUUCACAAGAAUGAAAGGCGCGCUACAAGACGCCUAGAGGCAGAAAGGUUAGAGCUCGAAAAACGGCUUCUAAAACUUGAACAAACCGGACCAGACCAGGGAAAUGGUCUGCAGAAGAAAGAAACCCGCCGUCUCACGAAGAAACAGCCAAUUAGAAGCUCAAGUAGGGCAUCAAGUGUGAGUGCGGAUGAAUGCUCCUCGACCCGUUUAUCCUCUUUAUUUUCAAGCUCACAGCGCACUUCUCGGUCCCGAUCGAGUUCUUUAAACGAAAGCGACAAAGAACCUCCGAGACACCCACUGAUUGAUGUUAGAGAAGCAGUAUCAGGACCGGACCUGGGGAUACAAUCAAUUCGACCCCAUGUCACUCUGACAAUGCCUGAGCGUUUAGGAGCUAUGAUAUCUAGAGAGCUCGCCACUAGCAAUGCGCUGCUCCCACACCGACAUAAUGGGGUGGCAACCGAGGCGAAUACACACGGUAUAGAGUCAAGGACAGAUGAGGCUGGUGAUCAUCAGUAUCAUUAUGAAAAAAGCUUGUCGCAUGGACUGGCCCCCUUGCAAAGUCAUCGAGCAAACAUUGAGCGCAACAUUCCCAGGGUAGCAUCGACAGCCCCAAGUCCGUCAGCUCCACCCGCAGAUCUGGACCGCCUGUCAUUUGCGGCAACACUUAACCUUGGAACGAGGGGAUUUGAAGCCGUGCAUCAUUCAUCGACAAUUACUUUCCCAAACCUAGCAACUAAGCAGGGGAACCAAAACCACAGAAACUCUAAAAGUAUCUGGAAAACACAUAUUGAAUCUGAUAUUGGACCACAUGCAGCGAUCUCACCUGUUCAGCCUUCAGCUGCUUUACAAGGAGAGUUAUCGAAGACUCCCUCGAACAAAUCUCCUACAGACCGCUAUCUACAAAGACCGCAUAAGAAGUACAUACCAUCGCCCCUUGCAGAGUCCUCAUCCUUGGACGGCAAUUCCAGCUUGUCUCUCAACUCUAAGAAAGCUACAACGAUGCUAAAAUUGCAGGCCUCCGGUAACGCGGAACAAACUCCGUCCUCAGUUUCGACCAAGAAGGAUGAACAUCCUAGAUAUGACCGGUCACAUCCCAGACCUACAACGCGGCUUCUGACAACAGACGUUAGACAAUGCGAAGGCGUCGAUGACCCAGUUAUCAGUAUUAUCCGAGGGCCACAGGAGAAAUCGCCAGACAGGGGGUCGUAUCCCUGGGUCUACGGCACGAAAAGAAGCAGCUCAGUUGGUUUAAGCGGCCACGGGGUGAAGUAUAUAGGACAGAGCGAGAGCGUGGGAUUUCAAGAUCCUAGACUUCAUGACAAGACCCUUGCAUUUCAAGAAAACCUCUCUCGCGGCUCUCAGAAUGUGCCUCAGUCAGAGAGACUUGAAGCAUGUCAUGUCUCCUCCAAGAGCAAGAUUUCGCAACCGAGCGUGUCCAACUCAUCAUUAGCCACGUCUUCCGAGGAGCCACAGUCAGAAGACUACGACACAGCAGAUGAAGCUCGCUCACCUGUUUUGCUUGCUCAAGAUCAUAAUGUUCAUCUGGUUAGGUGCCCAGACCAUGGCACUAUACCGACCGGUGUUAAUGUUGCUGAUGGUGACAUGCUAUUCAGUCUCAGAACUUCAACCGCUGCAGUGCCCGACAGGCCAGAAGCAAGAACGGACGGACGCAUGGUGAACAUGAGAAACUUACAGGCUAACAGUUCGAUUGGCAUGCGCUUUGUCAUCUGCUGCCACUGUAGCCACUGGCAUGAUAUACCAUCGGAUGUGUAUGCGAAACUAUCGCCGCCCGACACCCCUUCAGUCGUCAGAGCGCGGAGACUCUCCUCCACCCAGGCAAGCAAAUCUACUCUUACGAAGCAUACCAUCUCGAACUUAGCGAAAGGUAAACUAUUCGGGGCACCCUCCAAUCUAUCGGAUUCUGGGCCUUCCGCCUCUACCACGAAGACCAAAGCAUCGAUGUCUACAGUGCAGUGCUGCUGGUGCAGCCAUGAUAUGAAUAGGUCAUGUUGUCAGGGAUGGACAGCCAUUGUUCACAUGUGUCGGAGGCAUCACUGACAAUGUGACCAAGUGGAUAAAUUGCUGACGAAGGGGCGUUUAAGACUUCAACUACUGCCUCACCU